UCCCACUCCUAUACGCUGCGAGCGAGAGUCAUGUUCGAUGUCCUACGUGAGAGAGAACCGCGCGUCUAAAGGUCAUCUGGAGGUUGAAAAUUUCUCCACAAGUGUAGGAACCGUAGUACCGUCGUCGAUUACACAAUUGUCCGUCACCAAAUCUAAAGCAAAAUGGGUCGUAAGUUCUGCGUUGGAGGAAACUGGAAGUUGAACGGCGACAAGGCCAGCAUCACCGAGCUGUGCAAGGUGCUGACGACUGGUCCGCUGAACGCCGACACCGAGGUCGUGGUCGGCUGCCCGGCCCCGUAUUUGACAUUGGCCCGCAGCCAGCUGCCGGACACCGUCGGCGUUGCCGCCCAGAACUGCUACAAGGUCGCCAAGGGUGCCUUCACCGGUGAGAUCUCGCCGGCCAUGCUGAAGGAUCUGAACAUUGGCUGGGUCAUCCUGGGCCACUCGGAGCGUCGUGCCAUCUUCGGCGAGUCGGACGAGCUGAUUGCCGACAAGAUCGUGCACGCGCUGGCUGAGGGCCUCAAGGUGAUUGCCUGCAUCGGUGAGACCCUGCAGGAGCGUGAGGCUGGCCAAACCGAGGCCGUUUGCUUCCGCCAGACCAAGGCCAUCGCCGACAAGGUCAAGGACUGGUCCAACGUUGUGAUUGCGUACGAACCCGUGUGGGCCAUCGGAACCGGCAAGACCGCCACUCCGGAACAGGCCCAGGAGGUGCACGCCGCACUCAGGAAGUGGUUCACGGAGAACGUGUCCGCCGAUGUGUCCGCGGCGAUCCGCAUCCAGUACGGAGGUUCCGUGACUGCUGCCAACUGCCGCGAGCUGGCCGCCAAGCCCGACAUUGACGGAUUCCUGGUCGGUGGAGCCUCGCUCAAGCCGGAGUUCAUCCAGAUUGUCAACGCCAGAGCGUAAAGCGUGUCUCACAUUUCCUUAAACACAAAUGCAUCAAAGAUUACUCUCUCAGACAGCAAAGUGAAAUACAUGAUUAUUCGAAAAAAAUGAGACGCACCUAAAAAGCCAGUCAUCAAGCGUCUUCAGCAAAAAUAUGAUUAACUAACUUAUAGCGUUAUUUUAUAAGUCUAAAAAGCGAAACCUUGUUAUCAAACUUAGAUGUAUAGCAUGGAAAAAAUACACAAAGAUUGUUCAGUAGAAAAAAA